CAGCAAACAAACAUGGCGGCUUCCAUGGAGCUGAGAUGCUGGGGAGGUGAUUGGGGUUUGCCUUCAGUACACACAGAUUCCCUCAUAGUGCUGGUAAAUGCGUUCAGGAAAAACUAAAUGAUGAUAUAAUCUUUGUCUCGCCAGUGUUCUGAUGCAUGGCUGGCUAGCUACAUUUCCAUUGUUUUAUCUGACAAUCUUCACCUCUUACGAGGGAUGCAUGCAAAACCAUCAUCAACAAGACUGAGCUACCUACAGUAUUUAGCUAGCUAGCUAACUGGAAAGCUAGCUAAAUAUCGAUAUUUGGUAUUUCGGUUUAUCUAUGAAUCUAGCCUUUUAGAGGCUUUUAAAUUACAUUUUAACUACCUAAAAGCUUCCGGCUUUCAAUCUUCAAUAGCUCUUACACAAAGCGUGCCAUGACUAUGAAAAUGAUAUAUUCUGAAUUGGGGGAGGAUGGACGAAAAUCCACGGCUUUAGUUUUUUUUUAAUAUCUUACUUUUUUCCCUUUUUUUGCUUCGUUCUUCAAUAGUUUUUAGACAAAGGUGCCAUGACUAUGAAAAUGAUAUAGCCUAUUCUGAAUCAGGGUAGAAUAGACAAAAAUCCAGUAAAUUGAUUUAGUUAGUUAGUUUUUACUUCUGGUUUUCAAUCUUCAAUAACUCUUAUAAAAGCGUGCUAUGACUAUAGAGUACCACAUUAUGAGUCAUAAUACCCAUAAAACCUAGCGGUCAAACAGGGAAAUGGUUUGAGUCGUUUUUCCACCAUUCAUUUUUCCUAUAGGGGAUUUUAGAAACACUUAAAAUAAGGGCUGUGUUUCGUGUAGGCUUACACUGGUGUGACGUUUUGAUAACUGUAAAUCUCUCUAGGACAAGGUGACUUAUCAAUAUAUUCAACUGUAUUUACCCCCCAAAAAUGAAACGCUAAUUAGCUGCUAAUGUGUCUCAUAAAGAACUACAAAUGCCAUGAUAAUCUGGACAAGACUGCCGAAUCGAGGCAAAGGUAAUAAUCUCUGGAUUAACUAUCUAAGGUUAGCUAAAUGUAGUAAUGAAUAAGUUGGCAAAAUGUAUUUAAAUUGACAUUUGUGAACUAUCUUGUGCAAGUUUUAAAUUGACACAAUAACUGUUAGCAGAGAUGACGUGCAGGAGCUGGCAGGGAUUUGUAGUUUUGCAUGAUGUCUACUUUGAUGCUAAUUUGCAUUUUCGAAUCUGAAAGUAAAUAGAGCCGAAUAUAGUGAUAAAAAUCACCUUGUCCAAGAGAGAUUUACACAGUUAUCAAAAUGUAACUCCAGGGUAAGCCUACACGAAACACAUCCCUGAAUUUAAGUGUUUCUAAAAUCCCCUAAAUGAAUGGUGGAAAAACGAUUGGAACCAUGUCCUUGUUUGACCGCUAGGUUUUAUGGGUAUUAUGACAACUCCACUGUGGGGGUCUAUAGCUAGGUUUCCAUCCAAUUGGGGACAGAUUUUCAUGAGAAUAUUCUAAAAUCAGCAUAAAGAAAAUAUGCGCAUUUUCCACCAUCAGUGCAUGAUGACGUAGUGCACACAAAAUUUACUUUUUCGAUUAAGUUUUCACAUACCGAAUAAAUAUCUAAAGUUCAAUGUGUUUCCAUUGCAUUUUCAACUCUACCGAUAGUUUUGUCACAAACUGUUGCGUUAAAUAGCAAAUAUUCCUACUCUGGUCUUGGCACGUGCGUUCUAGCCAACAGCUCACAGAUAAAAAAUCCCAUUUUUUAUUUAACCCCCUUUUUCGAUCUUGUCUCAUUGCUGCAACCCCCCAACGGGCUCGGGAGGCGAAGGUCGAGUCAUGUGGCCUUAACACCCGCCCGCUUAACCCAGAAGCCAGCACCAAUGUGUCGGAGGAAACACUGUUCAACUGACGACCGAGGUCAGCCUGCAGGCACCAAGCCCGCCACAAAGAGGCGCUAGAGCGCGAUGAGCCAAGUAAAGCAUCCCCGGCCAAACCCUCCCGACGCUGGGCCAAUUGUGCGCCGCCCUAUGGGACUCAUGAUCACGGCCGGUUGUGAUACAGCCUGGGAUCGAACUCACGUCUGUAGUGACGCCUCUAACAAUGCAAUGCAGUGCCUUAGAUCGUUGCGCCACUUGGGAGGCCCAUUUUUAUUUUUUGUCCGUCCUCCCCGGAUUCAGAAUAUAUCAUUGUCAUAGUCAUGGCACGCUUUGUGUUAUCCAUUACAUUACACAUAAGAGUCAUUGGACGAAGGCUCUCUUGUAUGGGGAGAGUUUUGUUAAGAUCCCAGACGCUCGGUCUGAACAUUAACAUGCAUUGCUUGCGGUACGGUUUUGGAAGCAUAAGGAACUUAUCUUUCGUAUCAGCAAGAAAUAAUUUUAAAUAAACAAAAGGUUAAAUUGAUACACACCUUGAUAGGGUUAGUGUUCCCACACAGCCAUAUCUCCAUGUUACAGCGCUUGUUUAAGGAAAACAGACGGAAGACAAGAGGCGACCACCUGUGCUAAUUAGCUUUCUAGCAUGCUCCAAACACUCAGGAAGUGUGGCUGAUAACUGUAGGGAGAAGGCAGAAUUGUUCAAAUGCAUUAGUCCACUAUCUAGUAGUCCACUGUAGCUCAGUUGGUAUAGCAUAGUGCUUGCAAUGCCAGGGUUGUGGGUUCGUUUCCCACGGGGGGCCAGUAUGAAAAAUGUAUGCACUCACUAACUGUAAGUCACUCUGGAUAAGAGCGUUUGCUAAAUGACUAAAAUGUAAAUGUAGAAUGCUGCCUAGAGUUUUCGAGAGCUAGCUUUGUGUAAAAACUAUUGAAGAUUGAAAGCAAAAAACCCCAAAAAAAUGUAUCUCCAAAAAUCAAACGUAGUGGAUUUUUGUCCAUCUUCCCCUGAUUCAGAAUGUCAUUAUCAUAGUCAUGGCAUGCUUUGUGUAUGAACUAUUGAAGAUUGAAAUCCGAAAUGUUAUUAUAUACAAAAAUGAAAAAAUGUGGCUUUUCUUCUAUCCACCCUUGAUUCCGAAUAUACCAUCUUUAUAGUCAUGGCAUGCUUGGUUCAAUAGCUAUUGACGAGAGAACCUAAUAUCCACCGAAUAUCCAAUACAAAUAUUUAAUCAAUUUUAGAAUAAGGCUGUAACGUAACAAAAUGUGGAAAAAGUCAAGGGGUCUGAAUACUUUAAGAAUGCACUGUAUGUCUGUCUUUUAUGUCUAGCUGAAGCUAGCUAAUGUUAAUAGCUGUCACUGUCAGAUGCCAUUCUCAUUGCUAACAUUUCUUCAAGUUCAAGGUCGGCUCUCUCUCGAUUUACUUCUACUGACCUCGGUACGACCACUCUCCUGUCUUCUUGUUCUUAGCUUUGUAGCUAGCUAGCCCAGUAGCUAAUUUUAACAUAUCCAAAUUUAGCUAAUUAGGUAAGUAUACAGUUGCAUGAUCCAAUUCCCUAUAGGCUAGCUGCUUCAACUAUAUGAAUCAUGCAAUUGCAAGGUGACACCGUUCCUGUUGAAAAUGGCUUGCAACUGCCAGAUCAUAUGCUGGCUGACAGUGUCAACAAAAUAGUUUGGCAUAAUUUUGGCAUGUCUGUCCUAUCUCUAUUUGUAUUGUUGUUCUUGGUGCUUACUAAUAAUCUACCCGCCAAUCUACUAAAUACUGAUAGUCUGCUAUUAGAGCUAGUGCCAAAGCCUAGACUAGAGCCAAUGCCAAAUAAUACUAAGUGAUAUCUUGCCGAGCUUAACAACCAAGAAAGUGUACUGCUUUGACAACAUUGAUAUGAUAGCCUAAGCCUGCAUAGUCUCUUAUCACAGCCACUGAGACAUAGCGGCUGUGAGAAGGGACUAAAGCCUGCAUAAUACUCUGACAACACCGCUAUGAUCCUGCCUGGCUAGAGCAAGGGAAACUUGAUGACAAAUGAAUGUCAUGUGUUCCGCUCAUGGUUAUUAUUAUGUAGGCUUUAUGAUACAGUGUUAUUCAGUAAAGGUUUCAAUAGUCUCAUGUCUUAUGUUUCCUCUGAAAAGCUAACUUCUCUGCUCUCUCUCAGGCUUAUGCCAAUUUCUCUGGAGCCAAACUCACUGUUACACCCAUAGACUGGACGUGGAGGACAUUGACAGGUACUGUUUCCAAAGAAUCAGAAUUAUGUUGUACUAACACUAGUAAUUACAUGAUCAUUAUUAUGUAAUUUAACCUUGUAGAAAAGGUAAAUAUUAGCUAGUAAAGGAUAGUCAUCCAGACCUAAAAUACUCUAUCUGAUGGAAGAGUAUGAGAUUUACUGCCUACUGUACAUAGACAUAUUUACAACAUGAUCUAAAUGUAGAGAGCCUACGUGUGUCAGUGAAAGGUGAAGUCUCUCUUCCUGGUCUACUGUAGUUGUAUAGGCCAUACCGUUAUAACAUAUGAACGGUGUAGUAACACAGGAUGACACACUGUCAAACUCAGUUUCCCCUCUGUCCAACACUACAGGCGCAGUGCCAGAGUUGGUCUGCCAGGGAUCCACAGUAACCGAACCUGCUCAGAUUCUCAACUUCCUGAGAAAACAAGUAAAGUCUCCUUUCCUGCCUUCACAGUAAAUUAAGUUUUGAAGAACUAUAUUUAUGCAGAGCUAACAACAAAGCCUGUGUGUUGUCUACCAGAGGUUUAAUGCAGACUAUGAGUUGUCGGCGAGGCAGGGAGCAGACACCAUGGCUUACAUUGCUCUGCUGGAGGAGAAACUACGACCAGCUCUGGUAGGAACAACCAGUGUGUGUGUAGUUGUGGUGUGUACAGAUUGUUGUGGGUGUGUAUGUUGUUUUGCACUUAGACACAUUUUGAAAGUGCAGCAGAGGGUUUUUGUUUGCAUAAUAAGAGUGUUAUGUGCCCUGUAUUGUGUACUGUUUUCUAAGUGUGUAUUCUGUGUGUGUGUGUGUGUGUGUGUGUGUGUGUGUGUGUGUGUGUGUGUGUGUGUGUGUGUGUGUGUGUGUGUGUGUGUAUGUUGUCCUGUAGUUACACACGUUCUGGGUGGAUGCUGAGAACUAUGCUAACCUGACUCGGCCGUGGUUCGCCUCCCACUCUCCCUUCCCCCUCAACUUCCUGGUCCCUGGUCGCCAUGCCAACAUGGCCCUGUCCCGGAUCCUGCUGACCAAGGGAGAGUCCCCUCUACACACCAUCACUGAGGUGGAGGGAAAGGUAGGAGAGACUCCUCUACACACCAUCACAGAGGUGAAGGUAGGACAGGAAUACAUACUGUGGGGACUACUUGAUACCAAAUGAUAUCUCACCCCUGCAUUCUAAGUAAAUUCUCCUCUCUCCAUCCCCCCUCUCGUCAGAUUUACAGUGAAGCGAAGGAGUGUCUGAAUCUUCUCUCCCACAGAUUGGGGACGGCCUACUACUUCUUUGGGAACACGUGAGUUCUGGACUACCGUAGUGGGUUGGGCUGGGUAUGAUUAUAUUAUGUGUGGUGUAUUAAUGUAUGUGUCUUUCUAUCUGUCGCAGGCCGUCCAGCCUGGAUGCGUUUGUGUUUGGCUCUGUAGCUCCCCUCCACAAGGCCAGUCUACCCAGCAGCCCUCUGCAGAGCCACCUCAGACAGCUGGACAACCUCCAACGCUUCUGUGACCACAUACUCAACGCUCACUUCAGCAGUCAUCCCGGUGAGACCAGCGUUCUAUACCUUGUGUGUGUUUGUGUGAUUGUCAGCCUAGGCUGUUUAUAUAUUGAUGAUUGCUUCAGGUCCAGGGGUUUGGGUUACAAAGAGCCUGUUGUGUUUUUAAUAGAACAUGGCGGUGAAAAUCUGGUGAACUUCAGGUCCUGCAAAGCCUUUUAUAAACACAGGAUGUGGUACUUUUGGCAGGUUGUCAUUGCAGCAGGAGCAAUACCUAAGAGUCUGUACAUGUAUGUGUGAGCGUCGGUGAACUAAGACACUAACACAGUUUAUCGCUUCCUUUGUCUGGGCUGUGAUGGAGAGCUUCUGCUACAUUCUGGCAUUGAUGCUAGAUCUCCCCUCUUUUCUCUCACUCUCUCUUGCUCUUUUCUCUGCUGUCUAUAUCUCUCGCUGGGUAAAUCCAUUUGAAUUCCAUCACUUUAAAAAUGUUUUAUGAAACCUUCCAUUACUGACCCCAUUUAGUUGACUGGUCGAUUGUUUGGUCGAUAGGCUGUUGGACAAAAGUUUAUUUUUGUCGGGCAGUCGCAUAUUGUUAUUUUUUAUGGCACACAAGACGCAUGUCUGAUUGGCGUCUGUCUCAGCGGACUAAUCUAGCGGACUAGGCCACAGGGAUGACACAGUCCAUCACUCUAAGACGUGAUACUGAAAUUGUAUAUGGUUAUAUUAUGUAAGAACAAUGGUGUAACACACAAAAAAAUACAUUAUUUUAUAAAUAUUUUCUGAAUUGUAUGGUUUAUUACAAUAUUGUUUGAUUUUUAUUAUUUUACUUUGAUUUAGUCAGGGGAAACCCAUUGAGACCAGGGUCUCAUUUUCAAAGGUGCCCUAAGCACAGCAAUACAACGAUACAAAAUAAUCACUCUAACAAAGAUAAAACAAAGACAAAACUACAAGUUACAACUUUCAACAUUACAACCACAACAAUCUCUUCAUUCAAUCAAAAACAACCAACUCUCAUUCAACACGUCUAAUACUAGUCUUAAACUGCCCUGGUGGCACCAGGGAAUCAAGAUGCAAGGAGUUCUGCAGGCUAUUCCAAGAAUUUGGGGGUAUUAAAACUGAAAGCGGAUAUACCUGCAUUUUACCUGCAUUUUGAUAAAUGGUGACACCAUAGUCCAAAACUGGCAGGAAAGUUGAUUGUACAAUCUGCUUCCUGCUGUUUAGAGAGGCCAGAUCUAAAAAAGAGGCCCACUUUAAAUCUUACGCCCAGAUAUUUAUAGGCGUGAACCCGCUCGACGAGAGACUCAUCCAAUGAGUAAAUAUGAAAAGUCUGAAAAAUGUUAUUAAUGUUUAGAAUGUAUAAAUGUUAAGAAAAACAUAUAUUUUCAAAAUACUGAAAUCUGGCCCGUAUGAUGCCAUGAGGGCGAAGGAAUUGUCCGUAGAGCUCCGAGACAGAAUUGUGUCGAGGCACAGAUCUGGGGAAUGGUAACAAAACAUUUCUGCAGCAUUGAAGGUCCUCCACAGUGGCCUCCAUCAUUCUUAAAUGGAAGAAGUUUGGAACCACCAAGACUUGGAACAACCAUCCCUACUGUGAAGCAUGGUGGUGGCAGCAUCAUGCUGUGGGGAUGUUUUUCAGCAUCAGGGACUGGGAGACAAGUCUGGAUCGAGGGAAAGAUGAAUGGAGCAAAGUACAGAGAGAUCCUUGAUGAAAACCUGCUCCAGAGCGCUCUGGACCUCAGACUGGGGCGAAGGUUCACCUUCCAACAGGACAACAACCCUAAGCACACAGCCAAGAUAACGCAGGAGUGGCUUCUGGACAAGUCUCAAUGUCCUUGAGUGGCCCAGCCAGAGCCCGGACUUGAACCUGAUUGAACAUCUCUGGAGAGACCUGAAAAUAGCUGUGCAGCGACGCUCCCCAUCCAACCUGACAGAGCUUGAGUGGAUCUGCAGAGAAGAAUGGAAGAAACUCCCCAAAUACAAGUGUGCCAAGCUUGUAGCGUCAUACCCAAGACUCAAGGCUGUAAUCGCUGCCAAAGGUGCUUCAACAAAGUACUGAGUAAAGGGUCUGAAUACUUACAUAAAUGUCAUUUUUCAGUGUUUUAUUUUUAAUACAUUUGCCCAAAUUUCUAAAAACCGGUUUUUGUUUUGUCAUUAUGGGGUAUUGUGUGUAGAUUGAUGAGGGGGGAAAAUUAUUUAAUCCAUUUUAGAAUAAGGCUGUAACGUAACAAAAUGUGGAAAAAGUCAAGGGGUCUGAAUACUUUCCGAAUGCACUGUAUAUACAUUUUAACCAGUCAGAAACGCAUCCGAAUUCGGCCUAGACUUCUUUAACUAAGAUUCAGUAAUAAUCAGAAUGUCCGCGUUGGUUUGAGAAGCCAGAGUUACACUAAAAUCAAUUUUCGAAAUCAAACAUCUGGCAUUUACAUGAAUCAGUUCAAGGCUGCAGCUGUGGGAUUUCAGAACAGAUGGAAUCUCUAAAACAACCAUGCUAUGUUCAGUAGGUACAGUAUGUGUAACCCCUGUUUAACGAUACCGUAGGGCUGGCUUGAAUUGUAUAAAUAUAACAUUUCCCAGGACCAUUAGGCCUAUGCCUCGAACAUAUACAGUAUUAACAUAAUGCCAAACAUCCCCUUUCAUCACUACAACCGCUGGGCCUUGAGGGACCCCCCUCUUCAAGCUAACAGUGUAAUUCAUUCAUUUCAUUUAUGCUAUCGUAAAAAGAAUCAUUUGGUUGUGUUUAUGAAAGUCAAAGGUAACAUUAGAAUACAAUAUUAUUUUUAAUUCUCAAAUAACACAAUAGCAUUUUCGUUAGUUUGUUACUGUAGGCUAAAUGUAAAAACCAAAAACCAGUAACAACACAUUCAAGUGUACAAUCAAUUUUAUUUGUGGAGUGCCUUUGGUACAACUAUGAAACAGAAAGCAUAUGUGUUGGAAUGUGGUAACAGCUUGUUUUUGUAACCAAGUGUGCUUGAUAAAUAGUGAAAAUCGGCACAAAAGCAAUAAUGUCAUUAUAAUGAAUAUACAGUGGGGAGAACAAGUAUUUGAAACACUGCCGAUUUUGCAGGUUUUCCUACUUACAAAGCAUGUAGAGGUCUGUAAUUUUUAUCAUAGGUACACUUCAACUGUGAGAGACGGAAUCUAAAACGAAAAUCCAGAAAAUCACAUUGUUUGAUUUUUAAGUAAUUAAUUUGCAUUUUAUUGCAUGACAUAAGUAUUUGAUACAUCAGAAAAGCAGAACUUAAUAUUUGGUACAGAAACCUUUGUUUGCAAUUACAGAGAUCUUAUGUUUCCUGUAGGUCUUGACCAGGUUUGCACACACUGCAGCAGGGAUUUUGGCCCACUCCUCCAUACAGACCUUCUCCAGAUCUUUCAGGUUUCGGGGCUGUCGCUGGGCAAUACGGACUUUCAGCUCCCUCCAAAGAUGUUCUAUUGGGUUCAGGUCUGGAGACUGGCUAGGCCACUCCAGGACCUUGAGAUGCUUCUUACGGAGCCACUCCUUAGUUGCCCUGGCUGUAUGUUUUGGGUCGUUGUCAUGCUGGAAGACCCAGCCACGACCCAUCUUCAAUGCUCUUACUGAGGGAAGGAGGUUGUUGGCCAAGAUCUUGCGAUAUAUGGACCCAUCCAUCCUCCCCUCAAUACGGUGCAGUCGUCCUGUCCCCUUUGCAGAAAAGCAUCCCCAAAGAAUGAUGUUUCCACCUCCAUGCUUCACGGUUGGGAUGGUGUUCUUGGGGUUGUACUCAUCCUUCUUCUUCCUCCAAACACAGCGAGUGGAGUUUAGACCAAAAAGCUCUAUUUUUGUCUCAUCAGACCACAUUACCUUCUCCCAUUCCUCCUCUGGAUCAUCCAGAUGGUCAUUGGCAAACUUCAGACGUGCCUGGACAUGCGCUGGCUUGAGCAGGGGGACCUUGCGUGCGCUGCAGGAUUUUAAUCCAUGACGGCGUAGUGUGUUACUAAUGGUUUUCUUUGAGACUGUGGUCCCAGCUCUCUUCAGGUCAUUGACCAGGUCCUGCCGUGUAGUUCUGGGCUGAUCCCUCACCUUCCUCAUGAUCAUUGAUGCCCCACGAGGUGAGAUCUUGCAUGGAGCCCCAGACCAAGUGUGAUUGACCGUCAUCUUGAACUUCUUCCAUUUUCUAAUAAUUGCGCCAACAGUUGUUGCCUUCUCACCAAGCUGCUUGCCUAUUAUCCUGUAGCCCAUCCCAGCCUUGUGCAGGUCUACAAUUGUAUCCCUGAUGUCCUUACACUGCUCUCUGGUCUUGGCCAUUGUGGAGAGGUUGGAGUCUGUUUGAUUGAGUGUGUGGACAGGUGUCUUUUAUACAGGUAAUGAGUUCAAACAGGUCUAGUUAAUACAGGUAAUGAGUGGAGAACAGGAGGGCUUCUUAAAGAAAAACUAACAGGUCUGUGAGAGCCAGAAUUCUUACUGGUUGGUAGGUGAUCAAAUAAUUAUGUCAUGCAAUAAAAUGCAAAUUAAUUACUUAAAAAUCAUACAAUGUGAUUUUCUGGAUUUUUGUUUUAGAUUCCGUCUCUCACAGUUGAAGUGUACCUAUGAUAAAAAUUACAGACCUCUACAUGCUUUGUAAGUAGGAAAACCUGCAAAAUCGGCAGUGUAUCAAAUACUUGUUCUCCCCACUGUAAGUGUUGAUAUGACAGCAGUCAAAAAUAGUCAAUUAUUGUCAGCUCGUGCUUACAUGGUAUGCGUUGGGGAUGCGCGGGUUUACUCAUAACCCGCAGUUCCCGUGGUUAGAUCCGCAGGGCGGGCGGGUUUAGAGUCAUGAAAUACUGGAUGAAGGGCAGGUGGGUGGCGGGCAGGUUGAAUAAAGAGAAAACAAUAUCUUCAAAAAUCCAUAAAUGUAUAAUUCUUGCGCAAUUUAUAUCUACAGGCUACAUUGGGGUUUUUCUUUCAUUAUUUGUAGGCUAUCUGGCAUUAAUGCGUAAGCCUAAGCUUUAGGGCCUAACUUUAUGCACGCCAAAUAGCCUACACGCCAACCGCUUUUGGGAAUGUGCAAAAGUUGACCAGAAAAGUAAUGUAUGAAAGAUUUGGUGAAGUGGUAAAAGAGGAUGAUAGCAUUGCCUAUGUUAUGUGUGAUGAUUGUGACCCACUUGGCACACACUGGUUGAAUCAACGUUGUUUCCACGUAAUUUUAAUGAAAUUAUGUGGAACCAACGUGGAAUAGAUGUUGAAUUGACGUCUUUGUCCAGUGGGGAGGCGCUAUACAAAUUCGACAGUCGCUAGACGGCAACUUCAAAUAGGCCUAUGACACAUCAGGGGAACUGUAACCUACUGUUCAGAUGGGUUAAAUGGAAACGGAAAUAUGGACACUGACUGUAGGUCUAUAACCUCUCACAUAGCCUUAAUAUUAUUUCCUGCAAAUUUAGCAUUUCUUGCAGUAAAAUGAUAGGCUACAUCAAAUGUAAAUUUUUACUCAGGAACAGGAGUAGAAAAAUAUGAUUUUUCUUUCUGCAUCAUGAGAGAAUAUUUGAACCACAUAAAAUAUGCAUUCAAGCCGAACUGAAAUCUUAUCAGAAAUAUGUUGGGUCGUUUUCACAGCUUUCUAUUUCCUUACAACCGGUCAAACUGAAUUCCACACCGAAAAUCGUUCCCUUUUUUUUUUUUUUUUUUUUUUGCAUUUUCUCCCCGGUCCCUAAAUGUCUUUGCUCCAGGAAGAAGCCAAGAUGACAGAACUUUACGGAUGUCAACUAGAUUGAAGCAUUCAUUCAUCAUUUGUGACAGUAAAAUAAAAAAUGUAUGCACUCACUACCUGUAAGUUGCUCUGGAUAAGAGCGUCUGCUAAAUGUCUGGUGAGCAAGGGUUUAUUUAGAUUUCUAGGGCAACAUAUAAUGACAAGAGAAGCUGCAUGUAUCUAAUUAAGUCGACUAACAAAUAAGCCUACCAACAUUUCAGAAAUUAUAAGCAGAAACCGAUCUAAAUUAGGCUAUAUAUGGAAAAAUACACGUUUUAAAAUGUUGAUCAAUCGAAAGAACAGACUACUCUCGGUCAACCAAUAUUUGUUGUUGUUGGGGACAGCCCUAUAUUUGCCCAUUUGUAGAAGUGCUAAAACAUUGACCUUUUUGGACCUGAAUGCCAAAACAUUCAAGACAUAAAGGUGCUCAAAGUUUACCUUUUUUUUUUUUUAAGAACUUAUCAAAUAGUUUUACAACCCUGUUUGUAAGCUUUUAAAUUAUAUCAAACUCAACCGUGUAUCUUUUCAAGUGGUGAAGACAUGGAUGUCUCAUGGUAUGGUGUGGUAUGCAAAAUGGGUCCACAUUGAGCACCUUUAUUUCCUGAAUGUUUUGGCACUCAGGUCCAAAAAGUCCCUUUCUGACCACUUCUUCCAUGGGCAAACAUGUAUGGAAAGUUUUGUUUAUAUCAAAAGAGAUGCUGUCAAGAAGUGAUUGAAUUCAAAUGGAUUUACCCUGCUUUCUUUUUAUAACGGCCUCUCUUUCUCUCUCCCCCCCGGUUUCUCCCCACCCUGUUCUCUCCAGGGUCUCCCCAGUCUGUUCAUGAGACAGUGGAUGCCAACCUUCAGAAACUCACUCAGCUUGUUAAUAAAGAGUCCAACCUCAUAGAGAAGGUCCUGCUGCGUUUCUCUACUUGCACGUGUUUGUGUGUGUUGUGUUAGUAAUUGGAGUAUAUUGUGGGCAUUAGAUACACUUCUGUAUGUAUAUGUGUUUAGAGUUUGUUUUUAGUAACUUCUAUGUUAUAUGUAUGUUUACUGACUGUGUGUGUUCUCCUGCAGAUGGAUCACAACCUGAGAAGCAGCCCUCAGCACAAACCCCUCAGAGCAGACCCCAGAUCCAGACCCAGCUUGGGCAACGACAAGAGCUCUACCCCUGCCUAACCCUUAGCCCCUGACCUCUAGACCCUGACCAGCCUGGUGGAUGAGAAGAGCUCUACCCCCCCUGACCAGCCUGGUGGAUGAGAAGAGCUCUACCCCCCCUGACCAGCCUGGUGGAUGAGAAGAGCUCUACCCCUGUGUUGGAGGUGUGCUGUAUUAUACUGAACCUGGUUCAGAUACUGUAAAUACCCUAGCCUGAGUGCCAGUCUGUUUGUACUAGCAUGCCAACUCUUUGUCACUCAUUGACAAGGACAGCAGUGGAGUUGGCAAGAGCACAAACAGAUCUGGGAUCAGGCUACAAAUACCCUGGGUUAUCCCUUACAUGAU